GAGUUCUAAAAACUGGGUGCAGUCCAAAGUUUUUCUUCCAAUAGUUAUGUGCACUUCUGCAUAAGAACCGAUAACACUACAUUUCCCAUGUUACUCAAAUAAUUUCGUGUGAAGUUCAAAGUUCCCAUCUGACCUUGCGACUGACUGAACUCUUCCACACAGUGCGAUACAUACUCUUUUUCAGUCGCAAUAAUUUCAAGAACAGCUUGCAAAGGGAGAAGGUAUCACCAAAGAUUAUUUGGUAUCACUCAAGGACAAGACCUCAAAUCAGUGUGUUGCAAAUCUACUUUCUUAACAAGUAAUAAAGCACAUUUCUCUAUGGAAUCAGCAUGGCAGAGAGUGGAAUCCAUGCACCGCUGGAUUCUGGAGAAUGGGGAUAAGCGGACGGACCCAUGGCUUCUAGUCUACUCUCCUAUACCAAUCAUCUGUAUAUUUUUGUGCUAUCUUGGUAUUAUUUGGAUUGGACCCAAGCUUAUGAAACACAAGGAACCAGUGAACCUAAAAGCAGUGCUUAUUGUGUACAACUUCACCAUGGUCGGUUUGUCGAUUUACAUGUUCCAUGAGUUCUUGGUCACAUCUUGGCUUGCAAACUACAGUUAUCUGUGUCAACCUGUGGACUACAGCCCCAGUCCUCUAGGAAUGAGGAUGGCCAAAGUAUGCUGGUGGUUCUUCUUCUCUAAAGUUAUUGAGCUUGUUGAUACAGUCUUUUUCAUCCUAAGAAAAAAGAACAGUCAGCUCACUUUUCUACAUGUGUAUCAUCAUGGAACUAUGAUUUUCAACUGGUGGGCAGGAGUUAAAUUUGUGGCGGGAGGUCAAUCAUUUUUUAUUGGGCUGCUGAACACCUUUGUUCAUAUAGUGAUGUAUUCUUACUAUGGCCUGGCGGCCCUGGGGCCUCACAUGCAGAAAUAUCUGUGGUGGAAGCGCUACCUCACUUCAUUACAGCUGGUCCAGUUUGUCUUGCUGACUAUUCACACUGGAUACAACCUCUUCGCCGAGUGUGAUUUUCCUGAUUCCAUGAAUGCAGUUGUGUUUGCAUACUGCGUCAGCCUCAUUAUACUCUUCAGCAACUUUUACUACCAGAGCUACAUAACCAGGAAGAGCAAGAAGUCUUAACAGAGUUGGUCCACACGAUGAGCAGAGGACUCACUCGUCCUUUGAUAGACUAAUUUGUCCAUUGAUGUUCUCACUGCAGUCAUUCCUCAGAUGAAUUAAAUCUUCAGGACUGGAAAUUUGGUGAAACCACUGACCUCAUUUCUAAUUUGGGUUGUGACAUGUCUUAUUACAUUUUGGAGCAUCAACCAAAAUAACCUGAACUGUAAAUAAAGUGUAAUUUCAUUUUAAAUAA